AUGAUGGUGACCGAUUUUCAAUAUCUUCUCGGAGGAUUACUGGCUUCGUUGCUUGGCUUAGCUCUGCUCUACAAAUCGAAGAGCACAAAGAAGAGGAGAGCUCCGAUGGUGAUUCAGAGACACCAGAGCUUCAAGACCUCCGUGAACGGCUCUCGCCGCCUGGAGACCGCCGGAAGUGCGGACGUCAUUAUUGUCGGUGCCGGCGUUGCUGGCUCCGCCCUCGCUCACACUCUUGGCAAGGAUGGGCGCAGAGUUCAUGUAAUCGAGAGAGACUUGAGUGAGCCAGAUAGAAUUGUCGGCGAGCUCCUCCAACCCGGAGGCUACUUGAAGUUGAUCGAGUUGGGUCUUGAGGAUUGCCUCAACGAGAUUGAUGCUCAGAGAAUAUUUGGAUAUGCCCUUUACAAAGAUGGCAAAGAUACAAAACUUCCCUAUCCCUUGGAGAAAUUUCACUCUGAUGUGGCCGGAAGAAGCUUCCACAACGGCCGAUUCAUUCAGAGGAUGAGGGAGAAAGCUGCCACUCUUCCCAAUGUGAGACUUGAACAAGGAACAGUGACAUCUCUGCUUGAGGAGAAGGGACAAUCAAAGGAGUUCAAUACAAGAGCAAGAAUGGUAGAUGUGCCUUCUUGCUUUGUUGGCUUGGUCCUGGAAAACUGUCAGCUACCACACACAAACCACGGACAUGUUGUCCUGGCGGACCCUUCUCCUAUCUUGUUCUAUCCAAUCAGCAGCACCGAGAUUCGCUGCCUUGUUGAUGUCCCUGGGCAGAAGGUCCCUUCUGUUUCCAAUGGUGAUAUGGCACACUACUUGAAGACAGUGGUGGCUCCUCAGCCGGUGGCAUCCACAAUAAACACAUUGGCUGGAGCUCUGUACAAGGUCUUUUGUGCUUCACCAGACAAGGCAAGACAGGAGAUGCGUAGAGCAUGCUUUGAUUAUCUGAGCCUUGGCGGUAUUUUCUCAAACGGGCCUGUUUCUUUGCUGUCUGGCCUAAAUCCUCGCCCAUUGGUCCUGGUUCUCCAUUUCUUUGCUGUGGCUAUCUAUGGUGUUGGUCGUUUGAUGCUUCCAUUUCCUUCACCAAAGAGAAUGUGGCUAGGAGCAAGAUUGAUCUCGGGUGCAUCUGGCAUAAUUUUCCCUAUUAUAAUGUCUGAAGGAGUCAGGCAGAUGUUUUUCCCUGCAAUGGUCCCAGCAUAUUAUAGAGACCCACCUAAUUACAGAGAUUUUUCAUAA